UGAUCACUUAUAAUUGAUGCGGUCCCGACUCUUAGAAAAUAUAAGUAAUUAAAAGUAUGGAUAAAGUUUGUAUGUCCCAAAUACUCUCUUAUACAACCUUAACCGUUUUGAUAGAGGAGAUGCGUUGAAUAUUUUAGAGAGAAUAGCAAGCUAGAAAUUCAGAAUAUAUGGAGAUUGAUACUUAUGAUUUCUUGAGUUAUUUACUGUAUCUCAUCCUCUUCAUUUGGAUAUCAAUUCAAGCCUUCAACUUAUUAUUUUCAUGCAGCGAAACUCAGCAGAAUCUUCCACCAGGGCCAAGACCGUUUCCCAUAAUAGGGAACCUCUUAGAACUUGGUGACAAACCCCAUAAAUCUUUAGCCAAACUUUCCCAUAUCCAUGGCCCUAUCAUGAGUUUGAAACUCGGACGAAUAACCACAGUUGUGGUUUCUACGGCAGACAUGGCCAGAGAAGUUCUCCAAACUCACGACCAUCUCUUCUCCAACCGAACCAUUCCAGACUCACUUCGAGCAUGCGAUCACUACAAGUACGGCAUGGUAUGGGUUCCAGUCUCUCCUAGUUGGAGGAAUCUAAGAAAAUUGUGCAACUCUCACUUGUUUUCUGUUAAGGCUCUGGAUGCCAAUAAGAAUUUGAGGCACCAAAAAGUACAAGAGCUUUUAGAUGAUGUUCGUGCAGUGGCCGAAGCAGGUGAGGCAGUGGAUAUUGGCACAGCUGGUUUUAAAACUUCACUGAAUUUGUUGUCCACCACUUUUUUAUCCGUUGACUGGACUGAUUCCAGCUCCGACAUGGUCAGAGAGCUUAAAGAGAGUGUUUGGACUAUGAUGGAAGUUGCAGGAAAGCCCAACUUGGCCGAUUAUUUCCCGGUUCUUAAGAUUGCUGAUCCCCAAGGAAUAAGGACGAGCAUGACUUUCCAUAUGCAAAAGAUGAAGGGCCUGUUCCAUCGUAUCAUCAACCAGAGAUUGCAAGCCAGAGAAGUUACUACUCUUAUCCAAGAAAAUGAUACGUUGGAUACACUUCUCAAUUAUUUCAUGACAGAAAAGGAAAGAGAAGAUCAACUUCUUUACAAAAAUUCAAUCGAACAUUUGUUACUGGAUAUAUUUGUAGCUGGCACUGAUACAACUUCAUCCACAUUAGAGUGGUCAAUGGCUGAGCUACUGAAAAAGCCAGAAGUCAUGUCCAAAGCCCAAGCAGAGCUUAAACAAGUCAUUGGGAAGGGAAACCAAGUGAAGGAAUCAGACUUAACAAGACUCCCUUACUUACAAGCCAUUAUCAAAGAGAUCUUUCGUUUGCACCCGCCAGCUCCAUUACUGCUUCCCCGUAGAGCUGAAACUGACGUUCAAAUCUGCAGUUAUGUCGUUCCGAAAGGAGCUCAAGUUCUAGUUAAUGUUUGGACCAUUUCCAGAGACCCUAAUACAUGGGAGAAUCCCAAUGAGUUCAUUCCAGAGAGGUUUUUGGAAUCGAAUAUUGAUGUGAAAGGUCGACACUUUGAGCUCACUCCCUUCGGCAAUGGACGAAGAAUAUGUCCGGGUUUGCCUCUGGCCCUUCGAAUGGUUCACUUGAUGUUAGGCUCAUUAAUUCACUCCUUUGAUUGGAAGUUGGAAGAAGAAGGAGUUGAACCAGAAACUGUGGACAUGGACGACAAGUUUGGCCUUACUUUAAAGAAGACUCGGCCUUUGAGAACUCUCCCUACGCCAACUUUUUCCAAGUAAUUUUGUCCUCGUGCGGCGGCUACAUUACAUCAAUAAUUAAUUAUUGACAUUGUAAUGUCAUUUAUGUUCAAUCAUAUCAUACAAUUAUUAUGUGUUUUAAUAAUGUCUCAAAAGUGUGGUCACAACAAAACACAAAUACAUUGAAUUUUUUGAUGAACUAUAAGUCAUUUCUCUUGCA